CGUUUUCAGACUUUUUCCUUGCUUGGUGAUGACCAAAAAUUGCUUUGCAGUUUUGUUGCGAGUUAAGGCGUAAAUGGCAAUGAAUUUAUUGAUUGGCAAGGGAAUUUUUGUUAUUGAGAAUUAGAUAAAUUUAGAAUUGAUUAAAUUUUUUAAAUGGGCUCAAUACCGUGAAGUUUUACAUAGCCAAUAAGUGGUUUUCAAAUCAAAUCGCGACCCUUGCUUUCAAAAAUGGUAUCAUGGUCAAAGUUCAUAGACCCACUGGUGGUGGAGGGAAGCUGUCAUGAAGUUGGACACACUUGGUGCGAGUCCUGCUUGGAAGCAACGCUGGAAAUCUUCAUUAACUGCGUACGCUACUCCGUAAAGCUGUAUUCACCAAUAUAUAUGGUCGCUGGUUUGCUAACAAGAAGAAACAUACAGUACUUCACUGGCAAGAUGAUUGUGGAAAUUUUGCAGUCAUGCCUUUUUUUGUCAACUAAUGGUGCACUACUUGUCGGAAGCUUUUGUCUUUUCAGAAAGCUGUUUGGAAGGUUCUAUUUGUUAAGCUGUGGGUUUCUACCAGGUGCAGCAAGCUCAUUUGGAGGGAUUAUUUUGGAAAGAAAAUCCAGGAGAGGCUUGCUAGCUCUGUACAUGUUAAAUGUUGCUAUAGAAACAGUUUAUAACAUUUUGCGGAGUAGAGGUUAUGCCAUGGAGAUACCUUAUGGAGAGGUUGGUAUGUUCAUGCUUGCAACAUCAACAACUAUGUAUCUUCACAGAAAGCAGUUACUGCCAAAUGGGAUUCUGAAGAAGGUAGUAAGAUUGCUGUUGGGCGACAAAGUCCCGGAUGGAGUUGGUAUUCCACAAUCACUGGAACCCAGAAAAGAAUGGAUACACCAUUCGCUCAAAGUUUUUGCAGCAGGCUAUUGUAUCAAGAUGAUUCCUGGUUUUCUACUUUCUUUACCGAAAAUUUUUUCCAAUCCAAAAUUAAUACUCCGCGCUUUGGUGAACAAGGACAACGCAAGAUUUGGCGCCUUCACGGGGAGUUUGAUACUUCUCUUUAGGGUAUUUGAAUAUGUUUCCUACAAGAUCAGAAGGAAAAAAGACGAAUGGAACUCAUUUUUAGCCGGUGGCAUUGCAGGCCUAUCGAUGCUGUUCCAAAGAAGCUCAACACUGGCCUUGUACGUUUUAUCAAAAGUUGGCGAGGUGCUGUAUUUUCGUGGUGCCCAAAAGGGUUAUCUUCCUUGGUUUAAGAAUGGCGAUGUGUUUCUCUACACAGUGUGCACUGCUGUGAUGUUCCACGCUGCAGUGUUGGAGCCGCACAACUUGAACCCAACAUAUUGGAGAUUUCUAUCGAAUUUAACCAACAAAAGAUUUGGUGAAAUGAACAGAAAGAGACUGGAUCCAUUUGGUUUGGAAAGCUCGAGGUGUUUUCCAGAUUUUGAUCCGUUUCCUUUGAAGAAGAUGGAACACUAGUCACCUUCUUAAAGUCCAGUGGCCAGUGGAACCGUAAAGGAAACAGCAUGGUGACAUCAUUGAAACUGAACCUCACCCACGCUAGCAGUAACGAACUUUCUUACAUAUCUGAUUCCCUGCUUCACAAUGCUGCUCAAUCGCUUUUACCUAUGAUACCAGUUCAAAAUAAAUCUUUUUGUAGAGUGAAUUUUUCAAUGCCUAUUUUUUUAAACCUAUGCAUCAUAAUUUCAUAAAACGCAUGCUUUUAGCUGUAUCAAUUUUAGCUGAAAAUUCAAAUUGUCAGAAGUGGCGGAUUGUUUUUUAUACUGUCAGUUUAACUCUAAUUUACAAAUAGAUGCGGGAAUGACAAAGAGGCGGGAACAAUAAAUAGGCGGAAAUUUUAAAGAGGGGGGAAUGGUAUUUUGGACGAGAUUAUUCAGAGUACAUAGCGCAGUUGUGUCUUAUCAAAUUCAUUUCUUAAGUGUCGUGAUAAAAACAAAACACAAUUUUUGUUUUUAUUCAUGUUCGUUUCAAUCAUUAUUCAAUGAAAAGAAAUAUUUUUACAUGAAAAGUGAUAGAUAAUCAAUAAAUUGUAACUGAUAUUUAACAAUCCAAUAUGAACAAAGUUGCCAAGAAUAUUUACAUAUCAACAUUUGUCAACGUUUCUACUUCUUCUUGCCUUUUGCUGGAGACUUAGUUUUCCCCUUCUCUUUUGGUGAUUUACUUCUAGGACUUUUCCUACCCCUGGUAGGUGACGGUGUCUUCCGCUUUUUACUCACUUCACUGGCAUUGUCUGCAGGCGGCUGGUCAAUAAAUUUCUGUCUGUAUUGCUCUCUCAGUGAGUUGAUCCGGUGCCUAUUCUCAUCCAGUUUUGCCUAACAAAAGAGCAGACGAAUUAAAGAGGAUAAUUGGAACCUGAAAUCGUAGAGGUGUAGAAUUUGGAGGAGAUAGGGCCCUCGACGUUGAAAGUUUUGAUAACGGUUCUUGUUUAUCUCAAGAAAACAGUAAUAAAUGCCGAUAAGACAUGCGCCCCCCCCCCCCCCAUCUCUCUCUUACUUCCAGCCCAGUGAGAAGGCUCUAAUUUGUAUUAUCUCUCUGCUUCCCGGAAAUGCACUGUUUGAAUUCCAAAAAGACGUGAUUCCAAAAGGAUUUGUAAUCAGAUAUUGACCGUAAGUGACAAGAACGAAAAUAAUCCGUUAGUUCAAUCUAAAAAUGUACCUGCAUUUCCUCAUACUCUUGAAGCUGUUUCUCUUUUUCUAAAUUUCUCGCAAUUCUAUCUUCCUCUCUGUCUUUCAAAACGCUCUCCCUGAGUUCCCUGUACUUUUGUAUCCUCUCUUGCAACUCCAUCUCCAAUCUUUCUUCUUCUUUUUCAUCCAGCAGCAAUUUUUUGCCAGUGGACCUGAUAUAGAUAAAAAUACUCAAGUUUAUUCCGCUGUUAUAGAUGUUCUAUUUUUAUCAAGAUAGUAUUGUAGAUCAACAUCGUAAUUUUGUCAUAUAAUGUACGUUAUUGCUGAAGUACCGUAACAGUGUGGUACCAGUGUACAAUCGUAACAGUAUCAUAUUUGUAUCGUGUUAGCCAACCGUGACAAUCGUGGCAGUAUCGCAACUGUGUUGUACGAAUGUCGUAACAGCAGCGUAUGUAUCUCGAGACGUUACUCUGUCAGUGUAACAUUUGUGUCGUAAUUGACUAUCGCAACGUUAUUUUGUUAGCAUGUAUUGAAAUAAUUGUUUUCAGUGUUUCAGUUGAAACAAAGCAGCUUUUAUUUGAGCUAA